CUGUGUCCUUUGCCUGCUUCUUCUCCCUCUCUCUCUCUCUGGUUUUCAUUUGCUUUUCUUGGGUUCUGGUUGUUUCAGUUGGUUAAAAAAGCUUCGCUGCGUGUUGCUCUGUUUAGCUUUACCGUGCUCCGUUAAACCCCGAACCCCGAAGCGAAUUUCGUUAGGUUUCUCGUACAAGCCAAGACCAUUUUCAGCGGGUCGGAGAUAGGAGUAAAGAACGAGAGAAUAUAUAGUCAGGGUUAGUAGUGAGAAGUAUGAGUUUCCUUGCUCAAUUCGUUUUGUCUAAUUGAAACAACCCAAACCGAAACCAAUUUCUGUCAUUGUUUAUCAUGGAUUCGAGGGCCGAAAUGCAAGAGCCGAGCAUAGACACGGAUAAGCUGAGCUACGAGAUAUUCUCCAUUCUGGAGAGUAAGUUUUUGUUUGGGUAUGAUGAUCAGACGCUCUGGCUCCCCAAGCCCAUCUCUCCGCCGGCGUCGGAGUCGCAGCCCGACCAGAAUGCCGUGAUCAAGAACCAGCGAGGCAAAAUCUGCAUUCUCAGCAUCGACGCCGGCGGCAUGCGCGGGAUUCUCUCCGGCAAGGCCCUCGCCUAUCUCGAGAACGCGCUCAAGCUGAAAUCCGGCAACCCCGACGCCACAAUCGCCGACUACUUCGACGUCUCCGCCGGCGCCGGCGUCGGGGGCAUUUUCACCGCCAUGCUCUUCGCCACCAGGGACAACGCCCGCCCGAUAUUCAAUGCCGACGACACGUGGCGGCUCCUCGUUGAUCAGGGGAAGAGAUUCUACACCGCCCGCCGAGGAAGCUCCUCCGCCUCCGGCGGGGGCUUCCUACGGUGGUUCAUCCGCGGCGGCUCCAGCUCGGCCGGGAUGGAGAAGGCGAUGAGAGAGGCGUUCAGGGACAACGACCGGAGCUUGACUCUAAAGGACACGUUGAAGCCGGUUUUGAUUCCCUGCUACGACCUCUCCAGUACGGCGCCGUUUCUGUUCUCCAGAGCCGACGCGCUGGAGACGGAGAGCUACGACUUCCGCCUCUGGGAGGUCUGCCGCGCCACGUCGGCCGAGCCGGGUGUGUUCGAGCCGGUCCAAAUGCGGUCCGUGAACAACCAGACGCGCUGCCUGGCGGUGGACGGCGGGCUGGCCAUGAGCAACCCGACCGCGGCGGCCAUCACGCACGUGCUCCACAACAAGCAGGAGUUCCCGUUCGUGCGCGGCGUGGAGGACCUUUUGGUACUUUCCAUCGGGAGCGGGCAGUUUCUAGAAGCGAGCCACGAGUACGAGCAGGUCAAGAGGUGGAAGGCCAAGGAGUGGGCCCGCCCCAUGGCCCGCAUCUCCGGCGACGGCUCCGCUGACCUCGUUGAUCAGUCCGUCGCCAUGGCCUUUGGUCAGUCCGGCAGCAACAACUACGUCCGCAUUCAGGCGAAUGCGACAAGCUUGGGGAGGUGUGGUCCAAAUGUUGAUACAGACCCGAGUCCUAGCAAUGUCAAGAUGCUGGUGGGAUUGGCAGAGGAUAUGCUGAAGCAGAAGAAUGUCGAAUCGGUUCUAUUUGGUGGCAAGAGGAUCGCGGAGCAGAGCAAUUUCGAGAAGCUUGACUGGUUUGCCGGUGAACUUGUGCUGGAACAUCAGAGGAGGAGUUGCAGAAUAGCUCCCACUGUUGCCUUCAAGCAAGCUGCUCCUAAAGCCACUUAGUCUGACUGCUACCACCAACAAUACCAAAAGAUUAUAGAGGCUCAUUACAAAGGAAGAAAAGAAAAGCUCAAAAGAAGGGUGAAGAGAGUAAAGAAGCAUGCAAAUCUUUGUGGGAUUUUUUUUGCCCACCAAGGGACCAUACAGUGUGCCAGUGUGGGUCUCCACUCUACCUUUCAACUAUGGGUAGGAACCAAUGUGAAGAAAAAGCAUGAGAGAGAGAGACAGUAAAAGCUUUUAAGGUCAAAACAAACAAGAAUCCAAAUAUUCUUGUGUGAAUCUAUUGCAUUUCAAAUUGAGGGUUUAGGGAUUUUUAUACCCUUUGCAGUUUUAUUUAUUUGCAACUUUUCCCAAACGCUUUUCCAUUUUCUGUCCCUUAGUCUCAAAAAACUUGAGCGUGGGUGGUGGUGGUAGGGCUAAGUGAAAACCCAGAAAAGAAAAUGAUCAAAGCUCUUUGUUUCUGUCUUUGGCA